AUGAGCGUGUGUUCGCUGUAUGAAAGAAGAGCAGCCAGCGAACGAGCAGGUGCGUUAACGGUGCGGCGGCUCUGCCGCGGCCGGAGCGCUGUCCGCGGGCGAGGUGCCGGGGGCGCGAAACGCCGGCAGAGCCCGGGCUCCUGCGAGCGCGGGAGGGAUGUGGUCCGCGUCACCGCCCUCGCCCCGCGAGGACAGCUUCCUCGGGAAAACUCCGCAGUCUUGAACAAACACAAGCCGUGGAUUGAGACAUCCUACCAUGGGAUCAUAACGGAAAACAACGACACUGUGAUCCUGGAUCCUCCCCUCGUUGCUUUAGAUAAAGAUGCACCCGUUCCCUUUGCAGGUGAAAUCUGUGCUUUUAAAAUCCAUGGGCAAGAAAUGCCCUUUGAAGCUGUUGUGCUAAACAAGACAUCUGGAGAAGGUCGUCUUCAAGCAAAAAGUCCAAUUGACUGUGAACUGCAGAAGGAGUACACAUUCAUCAUCCAGGCCUAUGACUGUGGAUCAGGACCAAGUGGAACAAACUGGAAGAAAUCUCACAAGGCAGUGGUCCAUAUCCAGGUAAAGGAUGUCAAUGAAUUUUCGCCAGCUUUCAAAGAGAGAGCAUAUAAGGCCACAGUGACGGAGGGAAAGAUCUAUGAAAGUAUCCUACAAGUAGAAGCCCUGGAUGAGGACUGUUCUCCACAGUACAGCCAGAUUUGCAAUUAUGAAAUUGUCACAACAGAUGUUCCUUUUGCCAUUGACAGAAACGGUAACAUCAGAAACACUGAGAAGCUGAGCUACGAUAAGCAGCACCAGUAUGAGAUAAUGGUAACAGCUUCUGACUGUGGGCAAAAACAUGCAACCGAAAAUGUCUUAGUCCGAGUUAAUGUCAAACCAGUGUGCAAACCAGGCUGGCAAGACUGGAGCAAACGUAUCGAAUACAAACCUGGCUCUGGCAGCAUACCUUUGUUUCCCAGCAUUCAUCUAGAAACAUGUGAUGGACCAGUUUCUUCAAUACGUAGCACCAUUGAAUUGCAGACCAAUUACAUUGGAAAGGGCUGUGAUCGUGAGACAUACUCAGAAAAAUCUCUGCAGAAGCUAUGUGGAGCAUCUUCAGGUGCCAUUGACCUGUUACCGUCUCCUAGUGCAACAGCUAACUGGACAGCUGGGCUUCUCAUGGACAACAAUGACAUGAUUUUUAAAUUUGAUGGAAAGCAAGGAGCCAAAAUUCCGGAUGGAAUAGUUCCAAAGAAUUUAACUGAUCAAUUUACCAUCACUAUGUGGAUGAAACAUGGACCUAGCCCAGGAUUAAGAGCUGAGAAGGAGACUAUCCUCUGCAACUCUGAUAAAACAGAGAUGAACCGACAUCACUAUGCCCUGUAUGUGCACAACUGCCGGUUGGUGUUUCUACUGCGGAAGGAUUUUGACCAAGCUGACACUUUCCGCCCUGCAGAGUUUCACUGGAAACUGGAUCAGAUUUGUGAUAAAGAGUGGCAUUACUAUGUUGUCAAUGUUGAGUUUCCCGUUGUUACCUUAUACAUGGAUGGAACAACGUAUGAACCUUACCUUGUGACCAAUGAUUGGCCUAUUCACCCUUCACACAUAGCCAUGCAGCUAACAGUCGGUGCUUGUUGGCAAGGAGGUGAAGUCACCAAGCCGAGGUUUGCUCAAUAUUUCCAUGGCAGUCUGGCCAGUCUUACUAUCCGGCCUGGCAAAAUUGAGAGUCAGAAAGUGAUUUCCUGUUUGCAGGCCUGCAAGGAAGGUCUGGACAUUAAUUCUCUUGAGAGUCUUGGACAAGGAAUAAAGUAUCACUUCAACCCUUCCCAGUCAGUCCUUGUCAUGGAAGGAGAUGACAUUGAGAAUAUAAAUCAAGCUCUCCGAAAGGUCUCAUACAUCAAUUCUAGACAAUUUCCUACUGCAGGCAUACGGCGUCUCAAAGUCUCAUCUAAAGUGCAAUGUUUUGGUGAAGAUGUCUGCAUUAGUAUCCCAGAUAUAGAUGCGUAUGUAAUGGUGUUUCAGGCCAAUGAGCCCAAGAUUACAAUAAGUGGGAUGGACCACUUUGCUAGACCAGCUGCACAGUUUGAAACUGAAAGAGGUGUUACUUUGUUACCUGACAUCAAGAUUGUCAGCACAAUCACUAAAAUGGACUAUCCAGUGGACUUAAAAGAAAAUGAUAGAGCUAAUAAGCCAGUUGUAUUAGAGGAAAUGCUUCACAACUUGGAUUUCUGUGAUAUUUUGGUCAUCGGAAUGGAACUAGAUCCUGAGAAAGAGUGUUUAGAACUAGAUCAUGAGGAGCUUAAAGGAAAACAUCUAGAUGCCACAAAUUCCACAGUUGGCUAUUCAGUCUAUGGCGUGGACACCAUGUACAACUAUGAACAGGUUCUUCGGCAGAUUCGGUAUCGUAAUUGGUACACUUCUGCCACCUUUGACAGAAAAUUCAGAGUAAAGUGCUCAGAGCUAAAUGGACGUUACACCAGUAAUGAAUUUAACUUGGAGAUUAAUAUUCUACACAGCUCCAACUCCAACUUUAUGGACCAGGUAAAUCAUAUGAUGGUACAGCCGCAAUUUUUCCAGCCUGUCCGCCACCCAGAGGGAAGCAUAAGUGCUUCUCCCAACUCAGUUGUUCCAAGUGUGGCUACUGUCGUUAUCAUAAUCUGUGUGAGUAUACUCAUUUUCAUCGUAGCCUUGGGAGUCUACAGAAUUCGGAUGGCUCAUCAGCAGAGCUCCACAGACAAUGAAGGAGGUAAAGAAAAUGAAAUGGACUGGGAUGAUUCUGCUUUGACAAUUACCAUCAACCCCAUGGAGAAAUACGAAAAGCCUCAUCAGGCAGAAGAGGAGAGUGAGGAGGAAGAAGAGAUAGAAGAUGAAGAGGAAGACACAACAAGUGCUGAAUCAGAGGAGAGUGAGGAGGAGGAGGAGGAGGAGGAGGAAGUGGUUGUCCGAAAGGGAGACAAACAGAAUGCCACCAGGCAAGAGCAGUUGGAGUGGGAUGAUUCAACACUUCCCUACUAAGAGCCCUUCUGCCACACUGAUCCUUUUGUAAACACCAAUACAAUGUUUUUUCAGAGUCUAUGAAUUCAUUGACAGGAUUUGAACUUCUGCUUGCCUAUAACUGUUUUUGCCUAAAAUGAUUUUGUUGUAGUAAUUGAUAAUGAUAGAAUUGACCCUCUUCCUAGGUGUGAGUUGCAAAGCCUGGAGAAAACCAAGUAUAAAUGUACUGGUGUCACCGAUAAUAGAGGCAUCUGGAACUUGAUCUGUUAGCUUAGUCCUCAAUUUCCUGUUUCUGUACCACAGAUAUGUGACAGAAGUCCUGUCACUCAAUCCAUAGAGGUUUUUGCCUUUGCUAUUUUUUCAUAAAGAAAAGAUUUCAGCUUGUUAUGAAGAAUUACUUGUGUGGGUCCAAAAACACAUUUGCCAUUUGGCUUCAUAAUCUUACAUGUAAAAUAAAAUCCACCUUCAAAUUAGGGCAGAGUUCUAGUGCCACUUGUGACAGAGAUGGAAUUCCAUAUGUCUUCUCUUCUUGGAUGUUAACUGUCUUCUACAAGGUAUUAUUUAGGACUUACUUACCAUGGGAUGCUUGUGUGCCUGUGUAGAAUGGACAGUGUAUUUUUCAGAAAUGCUGUCAGAACCCUGAAGACAGGUUUUAUCCAGCCCACCCAGGAAAACGUACUUACCAGAGUUUAAAAAAAACCUUCAGCAUCCCCUGUUGGUGUUACCAAAAAAAUACGAAUUAUUCUGUGUGCACAGAUUGAGUAAUACUGUCCUAGGCAAAAUGUAAAUUGCAAUGAGAAUGAUUUACUGAAAAACCUGUAGAGCUGCUCAUUAGUUAUGGAUUCAGCAAUUUGCAGCAAAUCAAUGCUUUACAGUCUGUCUUGCAAAAUCAUUAGCUUGCUACAGUAUCUUACUGAAGAAGCGGAAAAUAAGUGAUGCCCAUUAUUCAAUAGCUAUGUGUGGUGGGGAUUUAACCAGUGAUUUUAUGUGAGGAAAAUGUUCCCGUUUGCUUUACUGAAUAAAGCCAGUGUGAAUUCCUGUCUGGCUUUGUUCUAUAAACAUUAUGCCCUAUUUCUUCUGUACCCUUACUCACCAAAUAACAGUGGCACAAGAGAAAGUAAGUGACAGACGUCAUAGACAACUGUCAGCUGUCUUUCAUGUUCAUAACAACUCUUUUUUCAUCUUCAUGAAGCUGUUACCAUUAACAAAAGGUUUUAUAAAGUAGAACAAAUAAAACCUACUUGGAGCCAAAAGUAGUUAAAAAAAAAAAACUCUUUAAAAGCUUGUGAGAGUAUUUUAGUUUGUUAUGGUAACACAGCAUAUUUUUCUUAAGCACUGUUCAAAGAAAAAAAAAGAGAAAAAGAAAACAGGCUAUGUGUAAUGUGUUGGUACGUCUGUGUGGUGUGUUUCCUGUCCCCGUUCCUUAAUAAUUUUGUAUCUUCAAAUGAUAUGCAUACCCAAUGAUACCGCACUUUCUAGGGUAACUAUUCUGAUGCAUAAAAACAAAACGGCAUGGAAGUGAAUGCUGCCUUGUGGCUUUUCUGCUUUUUUUCUAAAUAUUUCCUUUUCUUCACAGUUUCAUAAUUGACUUUUGCUUUUGUUUUUGUAAUUUGCUGUAAAAUGAGCCACUUCUCUUCCCCUGCCUCCCAAAGAAACAAGUAGUCAGUCUCACCACAACAGGACUUUACUGGCCGCCUGUGACUGGCAGUUGAUCCUGCAAAGAGUAACACUUUCUCCUAGAGUUUAAGAAAUCUGGAGGGCGGCCAUCUCUCAAUACUUUAUCUGUUUAUUAGCACCUGAGCUCGUGCAGGCCUUGCAAUGUAAAGACUGUACUACGGCAAGAGGGAGUUGGUCUUGUCUUUUAAUUCCAGUUUCUGGAUCUGAUGAUAGCUGUCAGGAUAGGCUGACAGCAACUGGACCUUAACAACAAGAAAGUUAUGAAAAGACUCACCUGAAUUUAUUUGAAAGUUAGAGAUCUUUCUUCAUGCUAUUUAUUUUAAGCUGAGGGAUCUGACACAUGACUGUUAAGACUUGGAACUGGCCACUUAGAAGUUUUCUUAUGUAUGUGUGCAGUCCCAUUUUAUGGUUACUGCAGUCUCUCACAUGAAUUAAAUACACAUGAAUAUUUGCAGAACCAAGCCCAGAUAAAUAAACCAUAUCUGCAGGAAUAAGGAUUGUAGAAUCGGCUAAAUUUUCUAUUUAUAGACGUGGUAUCUUAGAAAAGAC